CCCUUGUAGGAAGUCAGUUCCAAAAUGGCGGCGGUCAGUAACAUGGCGGUAAAUUCAGCUGCUCGUUUGUGGGGACCAUUUCGAUCUUUGUAUGAUACAGUUGAUGCUGCAGUUUUCCGAAAACAACCAGGUGCAGCAUAUGAUCUUGAAGUAGCUUUAAGGAAGCAUAAACCUGACUUUAUUUCACUCUUGAAAAAACCGGCCAAGAACAAUGCUCACAGAGAGGCUGUUAAGAAGGCUACAACAGAAGGACUGGUAGUUCAGGGAGAGCAAAGAACCCAGACAUUAUCACAACAGUUUAUAUCUGAAGCUCUUAUUAUCAGUGAUCUCUUUGAUAUGAAUGAAUUAGCAGCAGUAGAAUUAUUGAUGGCAGGUGAAAAUCAACUGCCUAACUAUCCUGGUCUAACACGUGGUCUGGUAGCUGUUUUAUUAUAUUAUGAUGGUAGAAGAAGUUUGGUUAAUUCUUUAAGAGCUAUGAUACAGGCUAGAGAAGGUAGAACCUGGUCACUAGGUGUACCAUCUGAUGUUGUAUAUAUUAUCACACAGUUUACAGAUCAACUAAUAGAGGAAGGAAUAGUUAAUAAAAUACUAGAUGUUAUUAAAACAAUGGAUUUAACAAUUGAAUUAGAUAAAUUACAAAAAGAAAGAGCCCUGGGACCACCAAAACACAGAAAACAAGUAACGGAUAUGUUUAAUGAAAUGAAAUUAAAUCUUGCUGAAAGUAUAUUUUGUUUAGCUUGUCAACAGCCAUUAAGGAAAUCGGACACUCAACGUUUGAUUGCUCAUUUAAAGUCGGAUAACUCUAGUCAGGCAAAUGCCUCGCUUGAUCCAGUAACACUAUGUCUUUUGAUGUCUUUAUUGUAUUGUUUCGAUGUUAGUAUAUUGGAACGAGAAGAUGCAGAAGAAACAGUUCAAAAAUUUCCAUUUAUGACUGAUGCUAGUUAUAUGGUAGAUUUACAUAGAGAGAUGACAUCACAACAACAAUGGAUUAAUCCUGGUAUUAAAGCAUUAUUUUUGUUUGCCUGGGCCAAUAUGUUACGGCAAUUAUCACAGUAUCCAUUACCCCAAGGAUCUAAUGAAUUUUGUGAGGAAGAUGAACAUCUCAUGGAUUCAGCAAUAGAUGGUCAAGUCUUUAAUUUUAUCAAUAAUUCUGUUUUAUUAACUAGAGAGUUUUUCCAAGAGGAAUUCUAUAUUCGAAGAAUACAUGGUUUGAUAACAGAUUUUAUAUAUCACAUGCCAUUAAAGGUGAAGGAACUGAGAAAUCGUGGUGAUGAGACAGCAAGAAUAGUUAUGGCUCAUCAAAAUGAGGGCCUACAAACUCCUGAACAUAGAAGAGAUUUUGAAGAACUUUUAUUAAUGAUGGUUAACUUGUAUAGUGAAGAUACAUUAAACUUGGAGUUAUCAUUAGAUUAUUGGUGUCCAGCUGAACCAACAGGUUUACAAGAAUCAAUGUAUCAUUAUAGACCACCUCCUAGACAGGUGGCUUUAUAUAAGUUUGUACGACUAGCAGGAGAUCUGUUACCGGCACCAUUGUAUGUCCCCUAUAUAAAGAUGAUUACGGGAUUAGCUAAUAGUCCACAGUGUGCUCAACAUUGUUUUAAUCUACUUAAGAUAAAUGGAAUGAAUUCAGGUGGUUCAGCUAGCAUGGUAUCAUGGGAUCAUAUAUUCAUGUCAUUAAAUCAGUAUUAUACUAGUUUACGUAGAGAAACACCCAGUACCAUGGAAGCAUCACAUGCUUAUAGAGCUGUACAUAAUAGAGGUAUAUCAGCUCAUGAGUUAGAUGGAAUAAUAGCUGUCUUAAAACUAACACAAUGUGUUAUAAAACAGAAUGAAAAUUGUCGAAGUGCUGUGUGGGAGAAUCAACAGUGGGGAGUUAAUAUACUAUUAUUUGGUUUAAUUGGUUGUAGUAUACCAUCUAUAUUAAAAGCAGAAUUAUUAAAAACCCUGGCAUAUUUAGCAAUGACACCAGCUAUAGCUGCCAACAUAUGGCAAACAUUAGAAAUAGCUCAGAUUUUACCGACUAUACCAACAACAACAGAACAAACUUGUGGUAUUGUGGUUGAACUAGAAGAAAUUGAAAGCAGAAAUGAAGAGUAUCACAUGACCCGCGCGUUUCUACUCUUACUCAAUCAAUUAACUAAUAUACCAAUACCUGCAGCAUUAGGUGCUGGCUAUAGACCACCAGGAUUCGAUCCAUAUCUAGAAUUUAUCAUCAAUAAUGUCUUCCUUAAAUUCUACACUAGAGCUUACAAAAAUACAGAAGAAAAGUGGGAGAUAGCUGUAUGUACAUUAGAGAUAAUGUGUAAAUUAUUACAUGAACAUGAAGUAAAAGAGAUAGAUUUUAUAGAUCAGGUAGUGGAGAUACAGGGUGGUGGUGCUGUAUCUACUAAUAAACCACCAGGACAUGUUCUAUUACUUCAUAUGUUAAAUGAUUCAGGAUUAUUGAAGAUGAUCCUGCGAGUUUUAGAUGAUAGUGUUCAACAGUUUGAGAACUAUACAUCUUUUCCAGGCAAGAAACAUCUUGAAAAAGCCUCCCUGUUAUCUCUACGAAUGAUUGAACUGGCAUUAGAAAAAGAAGAAAAAUUUGAAACUAUGAUACGUGAAUCUGGAUCUCCUGUUAUGAUAGCUACCAUGGAUAAAUUAUUACUUAGUAUUAAUCCUAGAAGUAGAACAGCUAAUCAUUUAGUUAAUAUAGCCAAAUUUGUAAUGUUUAAUACGUUAUUACCAGAACAAGCUUUUUCAGCAUCUAGGAUAUUAUAUCUAGCAUGUAGAUCAGCUCCUAUACAAACAGAACUAGUUAAUCUAUUUACUGUAGAUGAGAAUGUAAAUGGAGGUUUAAUGCAGGGUUUUGUAGAAUGUUUAGAGUGUGAUGAAAUAGAACCUAUAUUAAAUAAUAAACAUGAUAUACAUGCUAUAACACCAGAAGAAGAGUUUUCAACAGCUCAUAUAAAGAAUGCUACAAGACAACACAUAAUACAGUUGAUGUUAUAUGCUAUGGAACAAUCUGCACCUAAUCUGGCACAUUGGUUGCUGGGAUUUGAACUACGUAAACCUGUUACAAAAACAAACUUACAAGAUCCAGGCAUACUAGGUUCACCUAAAACAUGUCUUCACUCUAUAUUAACAUUACUAAAUGAUGGUGUUGGUUCACGUAAUGGUCCAACAUGUUUAACACAAACACCACGUCUAGCUGAAUUAUGUUAUCAUCUGAUAUAUAUACUAUGUGCUAAUAAAGAUACAACUUCUCCUAUAUUACGUUAUCUACGAACAGCUCAUGAUUUCUUGUAUAGACAAUUACAACAUUUACCAUUUAAAACAGAUGAACGAGCAUCCAAUUGUGUUGGUCCACAGUCCUGGUUGUUGAAGACUGUGGCUAUAGAGUUAAGACUAACAUCUUUGAAUAGACAACGUUCACAUACACAAAGAUUAUUACAUUUAUUACUGGAUGACUCAGAUGAAGCACCAAAUUUUGCUAUACAGGCUGGUGUAACUGAUGAAACAGAUGUAUCAGGUUGGGAUAGAGAAUCUUCUAUGUUUAUAAGUGGUGCAGCUACACAAAAUAAAACUAUAGCUUCUUCAGGUAAAAGAACAAGGAGAAAGUUAUUGUGUUUGCUAGAUUCAGUUAGUUUUAAUCAAGAUUAUCCAGAACAACUUCAGCUUGAUUUCUUUGAUCCUAAACUAAUUGAACAAGUUAUAUCUAAUUGUGAGAGUAAAACAGAAAAUGAUGUCAUAUAUUGUGAAGUACGAACUUUACAUCGUAUAUUGAUGUCAGAGCUUAACAAUCAACAAGGUAGUUUAAUGGCUGGACAGAGACCUUUAAUCAUGGGGGAAAUCCAACAAAUAUUAGGUACAGUGGUAUUGAGAAAUAAAGUUCGUGGAAGUCUUUAUACCAAAAGACAGUCAUUUGAAGCAUGGCGUCAAGUAGCAGAAGUACUAUUAACAGCAUGUCCUGAAGAUGUAUUAAAUGGUGAAACUAGACAAACAGUUAUUUUUGAAUUAUUACAAGAUCUUCUGUUAAAAGUAGCUACAGAUGAUUCUCUACCUGAAUUAACUGCCCCUGUUGCUGGUGUCGUGCUCACUCUGAUGGCCAAUCUCCUUCAGUGUUUUAUAUCUGAUGUCAGCCAAUCAGAGAGAGUAACACACGCUACUGGACAGUAUGAUAAUACUGGGGCUGGAGCUGGUGAUGCACCAGGCAUCAGAUUAACUCGGUCAACAUGGAGUCAGUCAGCUGGAUCUAGAACUUUAUUUGCAACAUCUUUACAAAUAGUAUUGAAGGGACUUAUUGACUAUAUUUUAAAAACUAGUGCUGGAUCUCAGAGAGUAAGAGCAAAUCUGUAUGGGGCUUUACUGUAUUAUCUUCAAAUAGCACAAAAACCUGAAACAUUGCAAGUCAAAGAUGAUAAUAGAACAGUUAGUCGUGUAUUAGGAUCAUCAGAUACAGAAUAUGAACAGUUAUCAAAAGAGAAUUUGUCUACUAUAAUGGCAUAUGGUGAUAAUUUAAUGGAUGUUGUAUGUAAAGAUGCUUGUGAUGGACAUGAUAUAGGAAGGAUGCUAGCUCUAUCUGUAUUAGAUAUGAUUGUAUCAACUGAUGUAUAUCAACAAUGGUUAACCUAUCUAAGUGGAAAAGGUUAUCUGCAACAUUUAAUAGAUAGUUUAUUACAAGAUGAUGUAGAAUUACAGAAAAUACUUCGACCUAAUCCAGACCAAAUACGUGUUCUCUAUAUUUAUCAGUCAAAAAUGAGUUUAUUGACUAGAUUUGGAGAAACAACUGCUGGUGCUCAUAUAUUAAUUAGAUGUGGAAUCAUGCAGAAAUUAUCAGCCUGUUCAUUUUUUGACCUACGACCUGACAGUGACAGAACUGUAAAUGCGGGGAGUACAGAGAGAUGUGAUGAUGAGUUUAUACCAAAUCCAUUAGUUAGAUAUCGUAUAUUACUAUCAUCAGCUAUUAAACUAUGUCUAGCUGUAUUAACAUCUGUUGGUGUAGAAAGUAAAGAUAUAGCUGCUCAAGUUAUGUUAUUUGUUGUUACACACAAUGAAGUAUUUACUACCAUAUUACGUGACCGAGGACCUAGUUUAAGUUUAGCUGCAUUAAGAGAAUUAGCUCUCACUACAUCUCUAAUAUCUAGAGCCAACUAUCAUACUGACCUAGGUUCAGAAUACUUGGAUAGUGAAACAGCUAUUAUAGAAUUUAAAGGUCACAGAGCAAGAAUUCAAAGACAGAUGCUGUCACUUCUACCACGCUAUUGUUUCUCAGAGAAAUUUAGUAAACAGUUACGUAAUAUGGACCAAACACAACAUCAAGGCAAUAUUGAUGUACAAGCUGGUAUUAUUUUGGCUUUCCAAGAAAUCUCAGCUAAUCUAAUAUCUUAUUGUAAAUCUCUACUUACUGAAUCAGCUACCAGUAGUCAGUAUAGUAGAAUAUUGUUUGGACCAUGUUUAGAUGAAGCUGGUGCUAGAGAUUUACAAACACUUGAUGAUUAUUCAGUAACAAGUUUAUCAACAACACAGACACCUAAUCUUGGAAUUAUAAUAUAUCAGUUAAAACAGAGUACUAAUCAGUUUAUGACUGUGUUUGAUAGUCAUAGACAACAUGAACAAAAACUAGCUAGUCUCUCAGACCUUAGUACAGAUGAUUUAAAAGAGUUUUCAACUGUUGGUAGCACUGAAAAGAUGUCAUCGCAGCAAAGACAACUCUUAGCCAAAAAACGACUACAGCAGAUUGUUAGAGUUAAAACUAAAGAAUUACAACAUCUAGCCUGUAUCCUUUAUAGUCUAUGUUAA